UAUACCCCUCCACUUUUCAGUGUAUCUUCCACCCAAUUUCCAACACGUUCUGUAACAGUAAUGAUGUCUGCGUCUUGACCCUUGAAUCCAUAUUGUAAUUCAUCAGUGGGACAGCUUAAACGUUUGUACAAUUAAGCCCCUCUCCACCCAGGUGUUCCUUUCACGUCCACGUCACGUUCUGCACAUUGCACAUAUGUUGCACAUUCACACAUGCCGAGGACACGAGCCUUCGCGUGCAGCGAAACGUCUUCAAAUAAACGAUUCACGAGCCACGGGUAAUGUCCAAAACUAGCGCAUCAUUUCAACAUUUUUCACUCGAGUGUGACUUUGUGUGUGCGUGUGUGUAUAAGUGCUUUAAGCUGGAGCGCGCGCUCUGUGUAAUGAAGAGCCGGUUAGCUGUUAGCGUGGACUGGACCGGAGUGACUUCGCGCGCGCACACGCUUCACUCCACGGUAUUAAACCAGGCCGCAAGGUCUUCGGUGUGUCCGGUGGUGUCUCUGUCCGGUUGCACAUCUCCAUAACCUUCAACAACAACAACAGGGUUUUGGAAAGCUGAGCAUGGAGGAACUGGCGCGCGAAAGCAUCCGCAGCAUCAGUCUGCUGUCCAAACCUGCGCGAGGCACCGAGGCACCGCGUCUCGGCUCGUUCGGUGCGGUUUUCAUCAUGCUCAAGUCUGCACUCGGUGCAGGACUCCUCAACUUUCCCUGGGCUUUUGAGAAGGCUGGAGGAGUGAGCAGAGCAAUCGGUGUAGAAAUAGUAUCUCUGCUCUUCCUGAUUAGCGGCCUGGUCAUUCUCGGCUACUCCUCGUCUAUCAGCCGUCAGAGCACAUAUCAUGAUGUGGUGAGAGAAGUGUGCGGCCGAAGAAUCGGUUAUCUUUGUGAAGUCUGCUUCGUCUUUAACCUCUUCAUGAUCUCUGUGGCUUUUCUUGUGGUGGUGCAGGACCAGCUGGAGAAGUUGUGUUUGUCCUUAAGUGAAAUGGUGACAGGAGAAAAAGUUGUGCCUCAUCACUGGUAUACGGAUCAGAGCUUUGCACUCUUUGUCAUGUGCCUCAUCAUCAUCCUUCCUUUAUCCAUCCCGAAAGAAAUCAGUAUCCAAAAAUACACCAGUGUAUUAGGGACUCUGGCUGCUUCAUACCUCAGCGUGGCUGUAAUCGUUAAAUAUUACCUAAAAGAAGAGCACAGUGCAGAUCUUCGUCCUAUGCACACAGGGUUAGACUCAUGGGCCUCCAUGUUCAGCGUCGUGCCCACUAUCUGCUUCGGCUUCCAGUGCCAUGAAGCCUGCAUUGCUAUUUAUAGCAGUAUGGAGAACAAAAGGAUAAGUCACUGGGUGCUCAUCUCAGUGGCCUCCAUGAUCUUCUGUCUGCUCAUUUACACUCUUACAGGAGUGUUCGGUUUCUUUACAUUCGGACGUGGAGUGGCAUCAGAUAUCCUGAUGUCAUAUCCUGGAAAUGAUGUGGUGAUGAUCAUUGCCAGGCUGCUGUUUGGGAUCUCGAUCGUCACAAUUUAUCCCAUAAUACUUCUCCUGGGCAGGACCGUCAUCCUGGCGUUGGUGCUGCGUUACCAGGAGAGACGCGCAAUUGUUACUGCAGGGUUUGAGUGCCGUUGCAGAGUGCUUCUGACAGUCCUGUGGAUCGCUGUGACGCUUCUCAUCGCUGUCUAUGUUCCAGACAUGAGUAAAGUCAUUAGUGUGAUUGGAGGAAUCAGUGCCUUUUUUAUCUUCAUUUUUCCUGGGUUGUGUCUAAUUUUUGCCAUGCAGACAGAACCAUUAGACCACAGAUUAAAGAUGUUCCUGACUGGAUGGGGCAUCAUCACUGUUGUUGUUGGAACCUUCAUUUUUGGCCAGAGUACCACCAUCGCUGUCAUGGAACUCACAAAUAAGGCUUGAUAAUCAUCAUUUUAUAAUAAUGUUAAUAACAACAAUAAUUUUUAUUAAUAUUAUUGUUGUUAUUAUUAUUAAUUAGUUUUUUAAAAAGAAAAUAAAUACAGGGUUUAUCUCAUGUUUUUCCUGUUUACGUACCUCAAUCUUCUACACUUCUGAGUAGAAAUAAUAAGCAAAUAAACCAGGAAUAUGUUUUAUUUAUUUCUCUAAUUUUAACGAGAAUCAAUUACUCCAACUUUGGAUUGAGUAGGAAUACUUACACUGAUUAAAGGAAAUAGAGUCCCCCCCCCCAAACAAAGAGAACAUUUUAUCUCACUGGUGAUGAAAAAGUUUUAACAUUUGUUUUAUUAUUAUUGUUUUACUUUUUACAGUAAAAGAUACUGUUGAAAAGAACUGUUGAAGCUAUGCAAAUAAUGUUUUGUUUAUUGUGAGUUAUUUUUGUUAAUGUAAUGGUUGU